GAUCACAGAUCGAUGGGGCUCCAUCGGGAAGGACGGUUAAACACGGGGCAUCGCUUACACUAAGAAGCCGUAUUAGGAGGCGUGUUUAGCUGCUCAGUGAGUGAGAACUCGUUUUUUAACUAUCGCGCAUGUUCGCCCGUGUGUUUAUUUAAAGUUCGCCAACUUGUUUCGGUGGGUUUCUCCCCCCCCCCCGAUCGAUCAGUCGUUGGUCGAUCACCACCGCGCUCAUGGCUCUGAUAGCGACCGAUCAGAGCUGCAAACUGAACGAGGCGCCGGCGAUUUACGCGCGAGUUGCGCCGAGGAAAGAAGCGCGCCAGGGCACCGCGGAGGGCUUCAGAAUGCACCCGAAGGAGGCGGACUACUCCACCGACGGCCUCCCGAAAGCCUUCCUCCACAGCCUGAGGACCCUGUUCGACAUCCUGGACGACGGCGGACGGGGCUACGUCCACAUCUCCGAGAUCGAGAGCCGCUGGCAGGGGGCGGACACCCGGGCUCUGCCCGGCGGGGUGCUGGGGUGCCUGAGGCGGGUCACCCCGCCGCACGGCUGCCUCACCUUCGAGCGCUUCGUGGCGGGGCUGCGGUACUCCAUGCUGCACCCGGAGCACGGGGCGCCGAGGCAGCCCCGCAAAGCCGCCCCGCUGUCCGCGUGCGGGGUCGGGAUACGGGUCGAGAACAAGGUCCGGCCGCUGGGGCCGAGCAACGUGACCAACGUCCGGCAGCACCGGGCCGCCUCCCUGCAGGGCCGCGCCGGGCCGGAGGACGGGGGCGGAUACCCCGCGUGCGCACCGGGCCGGUACGGCCGGGGUUUGGAGCAGACUUCUGUCGCCGCGGGGGGCGGGUGUUACCGGGCCGACCCGGGACACGCCACCGAACCCACGCAGCCCCAGCAGAGCCGAGUCAGGACCAUCGAGUCGUUGGCUCUGGAGGCACCGCAGCUCCAAGGAUCAAGUGUUGUGAAAUCAGGUUUACCGAGAUCUCAGAGCGAAUCGGCAACGGGACUUAGUGGCGGCUCGAGGCGACACGGGCGGAGUCGGGAAGAGCAGAGGAGGCAUACCAUAACCAACGGAGUGGAUUACGGGAUGCUGAAGCAAAUGAAGGAGCUGGAGCAGGAGAAGGACUCCCUGCUGACGGGGCUGGAAGUGGUGGAACGGGCCCGCGACUGGUACCAGGGACAAAUCCACAGCGUCACAGAGCGACAGCGGCAGGUCGGCCAGAGCUCCCCCUCCACGGAUUUCUUCACAGAAGCCAAUCAGAGUCACAUGAAUGUUCUAAUACCCAAAUUGCAAGAAGUCAACCGCUGCCUAAAUGACCUUAUUUCCUGCUCCGGGAUUCAGUCGUUUCCUUCCGGCUCUGCUCCGUCAGCAGCUCACCCCCAGCCUCCGGGCCCUGCUGCUCCCCAAGCCAUCCAGAGGCUGAAGGACCAGAACCGACUUCUCACUCAGGAGGUGACGGAGAGGAGCGAGCGGAUCGCCCAGCUGGAGCAGGAGAAGUCGGCGUUGAUAAAACAGCUCUUUGAGGCUCGGGCCCGCAGUGCGCAGGACACCAGCGUCAUGGACUCCACCUUCAUCUGAAGACGCACACACACACUCCACCCGCUGAAACCCUCCGACGUCGGCUGGGAAUCACCGUGAGGCUGCGCUGGAGCCAAUGGACCCCGAAACCGAACCACGCACUCCCGAGAUGUGAACCGGACCUCUCCCCCCACCCCUCUCCGCACAAACACUCCAGCUGAGUGGAGAGAAAAAAGACACUACAAAGCAAAACCAGCGGGCUCUCAACAGAUCGCAGCGCUCCAACUGUUGCAGGAUUGCACUCCAAAUCCCAAAAGACGGUUUAUUAUUUUUUUUUUUACUUCAGCUGAAAGGCAACUUGAACAAGAUGAACUUUGACGAAGUGAGAUGAGUGAGUUUCUGUUGGAAUUAAAUGCCAUAUUCUCACAGUUUAAUACGACAAUACAUCAUCCGCUACAUUUGCUUGCUGUGAUCUGUCCACCUUGAUAGUUUGGUACUUUGACCUUAAUGAUGACCCCGCUUCCAUGUCAUUCAGUAUCUCCUUCCUUUUGAUGUAAAUUACAAUACGUUGACCUGACAUUAGCUUUCUGGGUUUUAUAGCGUUUCUUUUCAAAUGCUGAGAAAAUAGAAUUGCUCAAAAGAACCGUUUUAUAUGUAUGGUAGCAUGUUGAAACGUUAAGACGUGUUUAGGAAUUUAGAUUUUCUUUUUUUGAAGUAGGAGAAAAGAAGCGACGGGAGGACAGCCUGAGAGCUGCAGAGAGACGAAAGGAAAGAAGUUUGGAAGUUUGCACUUAUGAGAAGGCGGAGGAGGACUUGCAGAAGACGGUGAAUGUGUCGGAGCGAGAGCUCAUUGGUUGGGAGAAACAAAAGAGAAUCCCUUUUGUCCAUCUCACGCUACAUCCCCUAUAUGUGUUUACAGUGGAUUCUUUGCAUGGGUCGUAUUUUUUCAGCUACAAAAUAGAGAUUUUCUGUUUUGAAACCUGCAGAUUAGCACAGAUGUAAAAGCCCAUUUUUGUCUUCUUUAGCAGGACGAGACCGUAGAAGUCAGCAGCCACCCACAACGUUUACAGGAUCAUAAUUUAGUUAGUGGGUGGCUGUAUUAAAAAUGAACCUUGUAGCUUCAUAACGGAUUCUGUACGGUACUGCUGGGAUGUCUGCACGUGACAUGUUGUUGAUGUGUGUUUCACACUUGUUUUGAUUGUAUGUGUCCUGCUGCUCAAACUGCAUUAUGUGUGAGUGAAACUCUUUUCCUUCUGCUUUCCCCUGAAAUUACUCAAACUUAGAAAAUAAUUAAACCAAUACGAAUGACCAAACUA